ACACAUACACACACACAUCGAGACUGAUAGCACCAUGUCCGGCUCCUUGCCGAAGCCCUGCGCUCCUCACUCACCGUUCACACAUCACCCAGAACACCAAAGCCAGCGGUCGGGCGAGGACUGCUGCAGAGAGUGAGCGAGAGGAGGGGCGCGCUUGGACCCCCGUGGCCGCGGCACAGGCUGCUUUCUCUGCUCCAGGCAGCGAGGUGCCUGCGGGGGGGGCGGUGUGGUAGUGGGGGGCGUGAGGGGUGAUCAGCACACGUGUCGACCAUCGAGCUUCUGCUACCGAGUGACCGCAGCAUGAAGUCUCAGCAGAAGUGCAUCGUGGUCUUUGCGCUGGUGUGCUGUUUCGCUGUCCUGGUGGCUUUGAUAUUCUCUGCUGUGGACAUCUGGGCUGAAGAUGAGGAUGGCAUCACGGAGGACAACUGCAGCAAAGACUGUCGGAUAGUCCUGGUGGAAAACAUUCCAGAAGAUGUCUUCUUUUCAGACAAUGGAACGACCAGCCUCCAUCUCUCGCUGGGUCUUCACACUCUCUUAGACUUGGCCACUCGAUCUGUGGAGAUCGUGUCCUCCUACUGGGCUCUAAACUCGACAGACCACGAGUCGGGUACGCAGGCCACAAAGCAGGGCCAGUGCCUGUUCCAACGGCUCCUUGGCCUGAAGGCUCAGCAGAUCAACCUGAGGGUGGCGAGCGGUCUUAUCAACUCCACGGAGCUUAGGAGCCUGUCGAAACACGGUGCCGAGGUCCACUACCUCAACAUGACCGCGCUGACCAAGGGCCACUUUCACUCCUCCUUCUGGGUGGUGGAUCGGCAGCACAUGUACAUCGGUAGCGCUGUCAUGGACUGGCGAUCGCUGUCCAAGAUGAAGGAGCUCGGGGUGAUCAUCUAUAACUGCAGCUGCCUGGUGCUGGACCUGCAUAGGAUAUUCAGCCUGUACUGGCAGCUGCAGUACAAAGACUACGUGCCGUCCAUCUGGUCCAAGAGGCUGACUGCGCUCUACAACAAGGAGAACGCUCUGCCGCUGCUCCUCAACAGCACCCAGGCCCAUGCCUACAUUUCCAGCUCCCCGGACGCCUUCUGUCCCAAGGACCGGACGAGGGACAUCGAUGCCAUCUUCCGCGUGAUGCAGGACGCCAAGAAGUUCAUCUAUGUUUCCAUCACAGACUACCUGCCUCUUAUCAAUAAGAGCCCUCACAGGUACUGGUCGCGGAUCGACGGGAUGCUGCGGGAGGCCUUGAUUCUGAGGAGCAUCGAGGUGCGUCUGCUCAUCAGCUGCUGGAAGCAGACGCACCCGCUGACCUUUAACUUUGCCUGGUCUCUGAAGACGCUGUGCAGGGAGCUGACCAACUGCACGCUGGAGGUGAAGUUCUUCAGUCCCAGAGAGCAGAAGGAUGGCACCGUGCACGCAGUCAACCACAACAAGUUCAUGGUCACCGACAACUCGGUGUAUAUAGGGAACUUCGACUGGGUGGGGAACGAGUUUGCGUACAACGCCGGCGCGGGGCUGGUCAUCAGCCAGGACAGGGGCGCGGAGGAGCGCAAUGCCACCGUGGUGGAGCAGCUGAAGGCCGCCUUCCUGCGGGACUGGCACUCGCGCUACACCAAGAGCCUGCAGGCCAACAAGGUCCCCGAGUGCGGAAAGCGCCGCGGCAGCCAGUCGGCGCCGCUCAAGGGCUCGCCGGACAGCGUGCCGGACAGCACGUGGGACAGCGCGGCGGACGGAGAUGGCGAGAACACUUCCCUGUGACCAAGGGGACUCGCCGACACCUCGCUUCUGUCCUCUUUUUUUUUACUCCGAGCGGCCGACGUACAGGGCGCCGGGAAGCAGAACUCAUUUUGAAAUUUCUUAUAUAACUCUCUGUGUAAAGCCCAAUUCCCGACAUGAUUAAUUUGCAGAACAGCUCCUCACGGUGCUUCAUUUAGGAGGAUUUAUGAUGUUUUCUCAGUUGUUAGUGGAGCGUUACAACAUUGGACUACAGCAGGACGCCCUCGAACUCCGCGGAAACUUUGAGGAACCAAAAAAGGACCGUCCCCAGACGGUGUACCGCUUUGCCGAAAGCUCUCGUGGCACCAGAAUCGUCCCUUUUUUUAAAUGCAUAACAUCAAGAGGGGGGAAAUCGGUUUCCCGGUCGUAGCUGCGAAUGUGGAGAUUGUUUCCCUCCGAAGCACACUUUUUUAACGUCUUCUGCAAUUGCAAAAAAAAGCUGCAGAUAGAGGUUCACAGAUGGUGGUGUGAGGAGAUCCAGCAGCAAGACCCGUACUCUGAUAGUACGUGAGGCGCGAGGGUAGUCGAGUGAACAAACGUACAGUCUCCCAGCCAAAAUGACAACGAAGAAUGUACAGUAUGUGGUGUGAAUGUGAGAGGACGGUGGGUAGGGAGCAGUCGGAGAGCGGCGGGUGGGCCGAUCUCCGCUCGGUGAUGGGCCGGCCCACCCCACCGUAUCGCCGUUCUACGCCCACCUGUAAAGGCAGAACUCGUACCUUGAUAGUCCCACCUGUGUGAGGUUUACUCUUACAAGCUACAUCCUGAACCGGUAUGCAGCUGAGCACAGCUUUUUUUUUCCUCGCACGAAUGUUUAUUUGCUCACUUCUCAGCCAUUUGCCUUACUAAUGGUUUCAGUCUUACUGGCUGCACAUGUGCUCAUUUAAAUUUGACUGAUUUUUAAUUUUUUUUUUUUUUUAUUUAACUGGAAAUAAAGAAGCAGCCGCAGGGUAAUUCCUGCAUUUCCGUGGCCUCGGUUCGCAUGGCGCUCCUUUUCUGGGGCGACUCUUCGGUGGCAACAGCGGCAAACGCACAGCGAUGUCCCCGAUCCCCUUGGCUCUGCUGCCGAAAUGUUCAGCCCAUAGUGACAAACUGGCUUUAGAGAAGUUCACAUCCUUUACCUCCUACUCUUUUAUUUUCAUCGCUAACACCCUGCGUUUGAGAUUAUUGGCACAACCAUAACUUUUGUAAGUGUUUAUACCAGCGAUUGGUUUCCGGUCAGUUUCUAACGCAACGCUGGAAGCCACGCGUACACGAUUUUUACACAGAAAAUGUCUUUUCCACACUAAGAUCACUGUAGCAUCUGUCACGGCAGUUGCUCCGAUUCACCUUUUUGUUCAGGUUUACAUACAGAACUUUGAUUUUAUGAAUAUUUAGAGUCAAACUCAGUCAAAAGAUGUGACAAAAUUGCAUGGUCCCCGACUCAUUUGGAACCCUGAGAUACAGGCAUUCGUUUUCAUCCACUGUAGAGGACAUGUAUUUUUAAGGGCAUCUCCCAGACUGUACCUGGAGUGUGAACCAUGCUACUUCCAAACUUUUCAGAGAACAUUUUGUGCUUUUUAAUGAUACCACAUGCUGCGGAGUGGGGCUUGGAAAACUUCCUAUAAAUCCUAGAAAUGUAUUCAAAAACCCCCUUUUUUUCCUGGGUCCCAGGAGGAAAGGACAUCAUAGCAGCAUUUUUUUAUAUGUGAAACGUACUGCAAAGGCACCAUUUUUUACUGAGCAGUCUUAGUACUAAGGUUCUAAUCCCGAUGCUCAUGUUUUAUAUGUUUUAUACGAUCUAAAAACGCUUUUUCCAUCACUUUUAAGAGCUGCGUAUUCAUCACAUCAAUAAGCCACGGUUCUUCGUGAUGUGUUGUAGGGAGAGCAUCUUAUUCAGUAACUGUACCGCCAGAUGUGUGGACCAAUAUCAGAUGUGUAUCUGACUGCUGCCAGUGCGCGUAUCUGCUGAAAACACCUCCGUCCUUCAUUUGAAGAAGUAGGUAUGACUGCUCCUUCGAUGUUUCAGGAUUUCUUAUCACUGGCGUGGCCUCUUAGGAUCCAUUUGUGGACAGGCUGCUAUAAUACCGAACCUCAAAAAGGAGCCGUCACUUAUUCCGUUUUACAGCAUUUGCUUUUGUUGCACUUUUUCAUUGCAAGGAAUAUCUCUAUAAUGAUGGAUGUAAGGGUGCAGAAUGAAAAAGAGUACACAGCUUCUGAACUGUUAAGUGUCAUUGUAAAAGAACGGACUCCUUUCUUGCCUAACAAAAGUGUAAUGUUGUAAAGAAAGGCUCGGGCGGGAAGGAAACUGCAUUUGUCACUUGCUUUCUUAAUAUUCCCAUUCAAACUCUGUUCAAUCUACUGCCACUUGAUCGCAUUUAAAUGCCAAUCAUCAGUCUCAACCACGUGAACUACAUUUCCCACGUCGCUCCGAAUUCUUCACUUCCGCUGCUGCACCUCGAUCAUCUGUGCCGCCUCUGUUCUCCCCGUCGCUUUGGCGUCGUUUCACCCGUACGCCUGUCAACUUGGCAAACAUCAGAUGCGCGUAUGACCAGCAGAACUUUUUGUGCAUACCAAGCCAAACAAAUACAAUACAGCACAUUCUUAUACAUUCCGGGUGACUGAAUAUUAUGUGCAGCUGCUAAAUCAUGUUUUAAGUUACCGGUCAGCAGUGAUCUGAUACCCUGUUUUGGAGCCUGUUUUCAGUGUGAAAAGCAGCAGUCUGCAGUAUUGUACCACACUGGGUGUUGUCCAGGACAGCACAUUGUUCACUGGUGUAUUACUGCCACCUCGAGCUGCAGAGAAAUAACAGCAGCAGUGCAGACAAACCAGGAGUGGCCCACUAGAUGAGCUGGGGACUCGCCCCGCUAGGAACAUAACCGCACAUCAGUUAUUCCAGGUGGGGACAGAAGAAAAAAACUUUGUGCCUACUGAAAAUUGCACAAACUUAACCUGGUACAUUUGCCUGCACCUUAAAUAAACCGGCAGGUUCUUUGGGGACACAGUUAAUAAUGUUAGAUCCGACCACAUAACCCGCAGACACGAAUUCUCUCCUGUUCCGUUGCUGUUGAUCUGUAUAAUAAUCUCAUUUAAAUAUUAAUAGAGGUGUGUUUGUGUAAUAUUUAGCAGGUCGUGCUCAUUCUGAGUUGGAAAAAGGAUGCGCUGGUGUUCGCCGAGGGCCCCGUGAAUUUAGGACGAGACCGACUGCCCCCCAGAAGUCAAUGCCAGUGUUACAGGGAGACGCUUGAUACCGUAGUAUGCUGUAGUACUUUCACUGUUUGCCUAAACACAGAUCAUUUUAAUCUAGAUUAAUUUAUUACUAUGCAUUAACUGCUUUAUAAUAGAACACUAUUUUUAAAUCAGGUUUUUCCUCUAUUUUGGCAUGCUACUUGUUUGC